UUAGAGAUUCAAGGGUGAAUUCAGACCACACCACCUAUAUAUGAAAAGGCAAAGAUCCUAAAGAGACAGAGAUCUUAACACAAAACAAAGCAAACACCAAAAAAAAAAAAAAAAACACAGAGAGAGAUGGGUUUGGUUACAGAUGAAGUGAGAGCUAGGGCAGAAAAAUACACAGGAGAUGAGAUAUGCCGUGAGAAGACAAGGGAGUUUCUCAAGGAAGUUUCUAUGCCUAAUGGGUUAUUGCCAUUGAAAGACAUUGAAGAGGUUGGUUACGACAGAGAGACAGGUAUUGUCUGGUUGAAGCAGAAGAAGAGCAUCAUUCACAAGUUUGAAGCCAUUGGGAAACUUGUCUCUUACGCCACUGAGGUUACUGCCCAGGUUGAGGUUGGGAAGAUCAAGAAGCUUACAGGUGUUAAGGCCAAGGAGCUUCUUAUCUGGGUUACUCUCAAUGAGCUUGCCUUGGAACAGCCGAUUACUUCAGGGAAGAUCAAUUUCAGGACACCGACCGGUCUGUCCAGGACUUUCCCAGUGUCUGCUUUUGUUGUUCCUGAGGUUGAGAAGCCUGCAAUAGAGAAGAACAAUGUCAAAGAAGCUGUUGCAGUCACUGAGGCUUAAUUUGCUUAGUCUCUCUAUUUUAUCUUUCUAAUCAUGUUUUACUUUCUGCUUAAUCUCCUUUUUAUCAAUAAGAUGAUACAAUUUCAGA